CUAGGGACUGUCGGUAAAGUUUUCGACGCUCGCAUCGCAUUAAGAUUGAACUACUUUUUCCCCUCUUUGUUAUUUCUUUUUAGUAUUGUUUUCACCGCAAAAACUCUAAGGAACUAUCAUUAACAAUGAAUGAAAAAGAAGCAAAUCAAAAUCUUUCCACUCAGAAGGUUCUAUUGCCUGGUCACGAUCCUGGAUGGAAUGAUCCUCCAAAAUGGGUGUACACUGGUGCACAAAGUUCUGCAACUCCUGCCAAGCGGAUGUUGAACAAGAGGGUGGCAUUUCCAUUAGCAUCCACGAAAGCUAAUGAUAAAGAAUCUUCUUCUGAAACUAAAUCGUUAAACAUGCCACCCCUCUUACAGCCAUCUAAUUUGACAACAGCCUUAACUAAAGAUGUAGAUGUUAAAGUGACUGAAAUAAAAAUUGACAAAGAAAAGGUAUUAUCUGACGUCUUGGAAAAAUUAAAUACUGUGAUUAAUGAGCAUAUAUUGGAAAAACAUACAAUAGAGGAAGUGAGAAAAAGAUUAGAUAUAUUGAAGUCUAUGUGGCUUGAAGAUAAAUUAAAUAAUGUGAUAUAUAAGAAUAUUUUAGAUUUAUCUACAGCUUUACAAGAAGGGAAUGUUGAAAAGGCUGAUCAAAUACAUGUUACACUAAUGAUGCAGUAUGCUAGUUUAUGCAGUUCAUGGAUACCCGGAAUUAGGCAUAUUAUUUUAGAAUUGAAAAGCAGAACACAGGAUGCAGAUGCAACACAGCCCCAAAAUCCAGAAUCCCAUUUAUUUUCAGUUGAAGAAAACCAUUAAUAUAUUUGUACCUGUUAAUUAUUUUGCAAUAUAGUUAUUGUCAAUGAUU